AUGAGUUCCACUUAUUACAGACAUUUCAUGGACAAGUACUACCAGGUCAUUGAAGAAACAGAAGAGAAUAAAUUCACCUACAUGUCCAUUUUUAACGAAUAUAUUUUCUUGGUAGAAAAGCAUGUUGAGGAACAGCUGCUGGAGGGGAUUCCUGGAUUUAACACGGCGGCUUUCACAACAGCAUUACAGCACCAUAAAGAUGAGGUAGUUGGUGACAUAUUUGACAUAGCACAAACGUUUACAGAGUUCCUGGCUUUUAAAGAAAUGUUUCGGGACUACAGAGCAGGAAAAGAAGGCCAGGGCCUGGACCCAAGCAGUGAUUUAGUGGUGACUUCAUUGUGCAAAUUAUCCUCUAAGGGAUGUCACCGAGCACAGUAG